CAUCUGCUCUCGCCAUCCCCCAUCCUCAUUUCUCGAGAUGUAUACGUUCCCCCCAUUACGAGCCCCGAUGCCAGCACAGUGUGGACAGUUAACACCACACAGACUGUUACCUGGGAUGUAUCCGACCCCCCAGUAAACAUCACAAACCGAUAUGGCUUGAUUAUGCUCAGGAAGGAUGGACUCACUACGCCUUUGAUCCUCGCCAACGGGUUUGAUAUUCUCCUAGGAAAUUUCGAGGUAACAGUGCCAUGGGUCGUGGAAGGCGAUGAUUAUUCUAUCGUUCUGUUCGGAGACUCUGGUAACUGGAGCCCCGACUUUACCAUCACUGGCAGUGGCAUCGCGUUUUGAAAGGGCGUAAAAGCCUUGGACAUCACAUAAAUUCGCAAUUGUACCAACAUCGUUACGAGUGGGUAUUUAGCCCUUCAUGGACAUGAACUUUGGAACCGGACAUUAAACAAACAUGUUGUGUAUGUGUUGCAUAGUUGUACCAUUUGCGGACUUGUUAGUAUAUUGGUGUAGGUAGUUUUUGAUGACUUCUGACGACUCGGUUCAAAUAAAUGAACAGAUUUAUAUGUA